GAAAAAUUUGAAGGCUUGUUCCGUGCCUAUGACGACUGCGUCACAUUCCAGCUGUUCAAAAGCUUCAGGCGUGUGCGGAUAAAUUUCAGUAGUCCCAAAUCAGCUGCUCGUGCCAGAAUAGAGCUGCAUGAAACACAGUUCAGAGGAAAGAAGUUAAAGCUGUAUUUUGCACAGAUUCAGACCCCUGAGACGGAUGGGGACAAGCUUCAUUUGGCACCACCACAGCCUGCAAAACAGUUUCUCAUCUCACCUCCAGCCUCCCCACCUGUAGGGUGGCAACCAAUAGAUGAUGCAACACCUGUCAUCAACUACGACCUCCUUUAUGCAGUUUCCAAGCUAGGACCAGGAGAGAAAUAUGAGCUGCACGCAGGGACAGAGUCCACCCCCAGUGUGGUAGUGCACGUCUGUGACAGCGACAUGGAAGAAGAUGAGGACCCAAAGAAUUCUCCAAAGCCAAAAAUCAUUCAAACUCGACGCCCUGGUCUGCCACCUCCUGUAUCUAACUGA